UAUGUUCACUUCACUGUGAUAUCUUGCUCUCUGUCACAAUUAAGAUCGCAUUUUCACGUUGGUUUAAUGUUUGUAUACAGCAGCUUAGGCUCACAAAUAUGGGAGAACAAAGCACCUCAAACAAGAGAACGAUAGGCAGCUGGGAAGAGCUCAUAGAGGAGCUCACGAGGCCGGAGCGAUAUCCAAGAUUUCCCGGACUCACAUCAACAGGGGAAUGGAAGCCUUGGAGUGCUGAGCCCCCACUCGAGCAAUCGGCAACUUCAAGUGUCGAGCAGCCAACAAUUGUACCCUCGCUCUUUCGUCGCUUAGUCUCGAGUAAACGAGAGUCUUACCGACCGCUGCGGUUCAUGCCAAUACCCGAGGGUCAUAUACGGCUACUGGAUGUUCGAAAUGCCAAAUUACUGGACAACGUUCUGGUCGGUUUCAAGCUCAUCACGGUCCCUUUAUCCAAAGCACCACAAUAUGAAGCCAUAUCAUACUGCUGGGGCAGCACUGAUCUGUGCACUGGGAUAUUUGUUUCCACUCCUUACCAUGGACAGCAAGUAUAUCGGGUUACUGAGAACCUGGCUACUUGUCUGCACAGUCUACUGGUCUGCCAUCAGCCAGAAAAGGACAGACCGGGAUACAUCUGGGUGGACCAAAUCUGCAUCAACCAGAUGGAUGUGACCGAGCGCAAUUCACAAGUCAAGCAAAUGUCUGAGGUCUACAAGACUGCUGCACGAGUAAUCGUUUGGCUUGGACAGAAGUCAGGUUUCAAUCUCCACGACGCUGAUCUUAUUCUGGACCCAGAUUUGUACAUGGAUUGGCACGGCAGAACUAUACUGGACCAGACUCCAGAAUGGGCAAUAUUUGGUCGUCCAUGGUUCAGUCGUAUAUGGGUAUUCCAAGAAGCAGUGUUCGCCAAAAGCGUCUCUUUUCUCCUCGGCACAGAACUCUCGUCUUGGAAAUCUUUCAUCCAAAUGGCAGACACGAUUCUUGAUUUCAUCAAAGACAAUUUGAAUCGGCUUUCAAGUGAAUCAUACGACUUUACUCAAGUCUUGGGCGUGCAAAUGAUGGAUCUGAUUGAGCAGACUGCACUGAAGGAAGCUACAAACGAGAAUUCCGAACUGGCGGAUCUCCUAGAAUGCUUGGAUGAGCACAAAUGUCAAGAUCCGAGAGACAAGGUAUUCAGCUUAAUCGGGUUUGCAGGCGACAUCCUCCCAGAUGACUUUGUAGACUACGGAAAGCCGAUUGCCACAAUGGUCCAGGAAUGCACAAGGUACCAGAUUGAUGGUUCCGGGAAAUUGGUGUCUAUAACCUACACUAAUCGAUACAAUCUAGAGCGAAGUCCGAGUUGGGUGCCGCUCUGGCAUGAGAAGCUCAGGUGUGGAAUGAUUCUGGCGAACAAACCAUGCGCUUCGCUUCACCGUAAUUGGAAACCAACCUUGCCAGUGAUCGAGGAUCAACUUGUCGUCUCGGGCAAAGUCGUGGACUCCAUCGCUGUCGAUAUACACACGUUCAAGGAAACCAUGGACGAAUUCUUCCAUGAAACGCGAUUUGCCUCUGUUCUCCAGCGCCCCUUCCAUGAGGCAUGGAACGAAACGAAGGCUUUACAUGAGAGAAAACUUCAACAAAACUCAGGGGGAACCACCGUCCCGAACCCCGUGCAAGCGGCUCCUUCUUCGCAAGAGUUUGGUGCCGAGCCGACUCAAGAAUUUUUCACAGAUUUCUUCCGUGUGGUAUUCUUCAAUCAUGCCGAGAGAGAAACCGACUUCGAACGUCUCAUCAAAACGCCUACACACGAGCAAUCCUUUGCAAGGCUACAAGACCUCUUGGAUUGGGGCGUUCAUUCAAGCAGUGCGCUUGUCGUGCUGGAGAGUGGCAAACUCGGGUUUGUGAAAAACGGAGACAUAGGACUACAAGUGGGUGACUGCGUCGCUAUUCUACACGGUCUCGAUGUGCCCUGUAUACUACGAAAGGCAGAGGAUGGUAAAGGCUGGCUGUUUGUCACAGAAAUCUACGUCCAUGACAUGAUGCACGGAGAAGGCGUUGACUGGGAAGAAGACGAGGCAGAUACAUUCACUCUCGUGUGAUUACAACAGCCCCUCAUGCGACUUUAAAGAACCGUCGAUGGAAUAUCUCGUUUGAAGUGAGGCCAUAGGAGCCUCUGACUGUGACCUCAUUAAGGCAUCUCUCACCCUUCUAUGUAGCCUAUGUCCAACGAAGCCGUGUAUCAGAGGGAAUAUCACUCGCUUCCGGAGAAGAACUGCCCGAUGCCACACGGAUGGCCU